GUCAGGUGCGAUUGAGUCCCCAUCUUUAUUUCCUGAACCCUCCCCUCCUUGCCGUUCUCUCUCAGCGCCUUCCUCCAUGUUCAUCUAAAACAGCACCCUCGUCUUCACUCGAAUUGGGGUGUUUGAUAGAUGAGGCAAUGUUGGAAAUGCCACUGAUCAUUGUCUCUCCCCACCCUUUAGCCUAAACAAAGUAUUUGCGUCAAUUUGCUGAGAUUUAUAUAGACAGUGUAGCUCAAAAAAUAAAAAUUGGGUAUUCAAGAAGACAAGGAACCUCUAUAGAAUGGAGUUUACAAUUGAUGGUGAUAUUGAUGGUGAGGUCGUGGGCAGUUCUGCUGAGAUGGAAGGAAGUAGAGCAGGUGAUGACAAUGAAACUGGUGGAAGUUCUGUUGAAGGAGCAUUCCAACUGGGUCAGGAUGAUAAACUAAUUCUAGAUUCAUCCGGAAGGAAUCUUAUUCCAUCGGCAAUUCCUGUAGUAUCAGUUGUUUCAGCAGAUGAGCCAUAUGUUGGUCAAGAGUUUGAAACCGAAGCAGCUGCUCAUGCAUUUUAUAAUGCAUAUGCCACUCACGUGGGAUUCAUAAUUCGUGUAAGUAAACUCUCUCGAUCAAGGCGGGAUGGAACUGCCAUUGGCCGUGCACUUGUUUGUAAUAAAGAGGGUUACAGAAUGCCUGACAAGCGUGAAAAAAUUGUAAGGCAAAGAGCAGAGACCAGGGUUGGUUGCAGAGCAAUGAUUUUGGUGAGAAAAGUAAGUUCUGGUAAAUGGGUUGUCACAAAGUUUGUAAAGGAGCACACUCAUCCUUUGACGCCUGGGAAAGGUCGAAGGGAUUGCAUCUAUGAUCAAUAUCCGAAUGAACAUGACAAGAUUCGGGAACUAUCCCAGCAGCUGGCCGUAGAGAAGAAACGUGCUGCAACAUAUAAAAGACAUCUUGACCUAAUAUUUGAGCAUAUAGAAGAGCACAAUGAGAGCCUAUCAAAGAAGAUCCAACACAUAGUUGAUAGUGUGAAAGAGAUUGAAGGUAAGGAGCAGCAAGGUUAUAGAUAGUCUGCGGUCGGCAAUAUAAAGUACCUUUUGGUGAAGCGUAGAGUCAAGCUAUUGUUGUGGAGAAUGCUGCAGGAUGAAGGAGACAUUGUGUUGGUUUCACUGUUGGUUUAUGAUACCUUGUGCUUCGCCUAGGUCUAGGUAACUAGUUAGUUUUGUAGUUUGGCAUGUUUUAGUCAAUGGCAUUCAUUCGACUGCUUUGCAUAAUUUGUUGUCUACAGCAAAUGUUCAGUAGGAAAUUUGUUCAAUGCAUGUACAGUUACCUGGGCCAUCCUUGCCGAUUUGCUUUGCAAUGCAAUAAUUUGAAGAAGUAUUCGGAU